UGUUGCAAUUAUUGCAGAGAUUGUCAACAAAUUGAGGCAAAAUUGAAUGCAAUUGAAGUGAAGUGGGACUCAAAUGUCUGUUUAUAUGAGAAUCACUUCAUAUGUAUUGCUGUUGUGUUUGAGUCUCAGAUUCAGACAAUAUCUUCACCACAAACUCACCACAAAUGCCAUCAAACCAUCCAUAAGACAAUCACUCAAACGGAGGACUCUCUUCUUCCCCGAAACACAUUUUCAGCCCAAAGACUGUCUCGAAAGCAAUGGUUUAGAUGUGAUAAUAGCCGAUAACCCGACCUCU